AUGCUUCCUUGUGGCUGGGUUCCCAACGAUCCAUCGGGAUUUUUCAAAUUGUUCCUUGAGGAGCUACACCAGCAAUGGAAAGCAAGCUGUUUUGAUGCCAAUGAAAGAGUCCAGGCAUUGAGACGUGAUCAAGUCAAAAAUCGUGGGAGGAGCCACAGUCUAGUUGUUGAACUUGCCAAGAAUGCGCUGGGGCGUGCAGACCUCCGGCGAUGCCUGCAAUCGCAUAUAGAAGGACUGAACAAAGUGGUUGCCACUAAUGAUUCACUCAAACGAGCUCAAAAGUUGCAGUUUAGAGAGCUCAUCGAUGAAAUUGACCAGGCCAUGACCGCGAAACUCGACCAUAUGGAACAGGCUGUACGAGAUCUUUUACAGAUUGUAGGUUGGCUUGCACAGAUUUUCCUCCAGACACUAAGAUGA